CCUUGAAGGGCUUUUUCCAUGUGUAUACCAUAGUUGAGGCAAAGGGGCAUAAUCUGCUUAGUGUGUAGUAACAGGUUGGCCUUUUUAUUUAACAGGUAUUCUCAUGAUUUCGUUCAAAAAAAUCAUCCAUCAAUGGCUAUCUGUGAGUCAAAAUCAGAGAUGCGCAGGCAAUGCGAGUGUCAUUCUACCGUAAACAUGGCUACACCAAGUCAAGGUCUGGUAAAGGGGGUGGAAUUAAGUGAUUUGAUGGUCUCAAAUCCGCAAGAUACUCUAUGGCCAUUUGAUUCCGAAAGCAACGUCGUCCUCAUAGUUGCUAAAGCGAAUGAAAUCCGCAACUGUAUAUUCUGCCGCGAGACCCUCACCGAGAGACUUGGCAUGCCACGCUUCUGGUGGUCAGAUACGUACAAGAGAAUGAAUGGGUAUUUUGGAUCUGAAUCUACGAGAAAUUCAGGUGGGAUUAUUGAUACUUGCUCAACAUGGUCUCGAGCUCUUGUCAAACAUUUUACCACAUCACCCAUUUCAGGGUCCAAACCAGAUAUACAGUAUCGUUGGCUCAAAUUCAACUUAUUUACACGAUGGGUUAUGCCAAACAAGAUGGCAAUCCUUGCUUUUGACCCAGUCGACAUAAUAGAGGAAUGGUUAUCAUCACAAUUUAUAAAACAUCUACAUCAAGAUGAACUUCAGGAUCCUUACUGGCCUUAUAUACGCGUCCUUGAAGAACUCGUGACUCUUCAUGGAACAUCAGUUUGGAGUCUCCGAAAUUUAAUAAGAACUACAGAGUUAUCACCAUCAAGGGACCAUAGAAAUGCGAGAAACAAGCCAAAACACAACUACUCGCGUCUUCAUGACAUUGCUCGCCACGCUAUUCAUGUCUCAGAAACCUUAGAUCUAUCUGUGAAGCUGUCAGAAAAUAUUCUGCAAGAGCAUAAACAGCUAGCGACGCCAGAUUCAGAUGUUGAUCGAAGAUUUUCCACUGAGGGGGCUCAAAUGUUUAAAAGGGCAUAUUGCAAUACCCGUUCUCGAAUCGCCUUCUUCAGAAAUGCACUAUCCAGUUUACGCUGUCGUUCAUCAUCCAAUCACCAACGGUUGAAUAACGAGAUUCAAUUAAGGUUUCAUACAGACUCUCAGUACGAUUCGCAAGCAUCGGUUGAAAUUAAUUGGUCAACUAAAUCGGACAGCGCAUCGAUGAGGUGGAUCGCGAUAGUGAGUCUCGUGUUUCUCCCGGCAAACUUGGUUUCAUCGAUUUUUAGCACGACCUUUUUUAGUGGUUCAGACGGAGCAUUGUCAGUAUCAAGCGACUUCUGGAUAUACUGGGUUGUAUUAGUUGUCGUUACGGUGGUAACUAUGAUCUUCUGGUUUUACUUGCCACGUCUUUCUCCGGUCGUGGAUAUACGACGCGACAACUCGACGGAGAAGGACGCAGAGAGUUCGUUUCGAACCUCUUUUCGUGGUUUAAAUGGAGUGGAUACUGAUUUGACGAGUCACGUAUAAUGAUGUAUGAGAUAUCUGACCAAGGAGGAGAAGAGACGACAAACAUUAUAGAUCAAGGAGGCUGCAUUGUAAUUUCUUUAGGUUAUCAUAGACAAACACCCAACUACCUACCUAGGUAGGUACAGGUAGAUAUUUUAUUCCAAUAUUAGAGGGGUAUGCGCCUAAAUGUACCAAUUCAGGGGUACGUAAUCUCAGCGACCGGAAAUUGCUAUGGGGCACUAACGGGACAAGCGCUCUGGGUCUAUUGCUGAUAACUUAGG